AUGUAUGGUGUCGAUUAUCAGGAGGCUUUCUCACCUGUAGCCAAGUUGAAUACAGUUAGUGUAUUAUUGUCUCUUGCAGCAAAUCUUGAUUGGCCUUUGCAUCAAUUUGAUGUAAAAAACGCUUUUCUCAAUGGUGAUAUCGAAGAAAAUGUUUAUAUGGAUGUUCCUCCAGGUUAUACAGCAUCUUCAAAGAAUGAAGUGCAUCAGUUGGGAAAGGUAACUGCUUUAAUAGUCUAUGUAGAUGACAUGAUUAUUACAGGAGAUAAUGAAGAAGAAAUUUCUCUGCUUCAAAAGCAAUUAGCAACUGAAUUCGAGAUGAAAAAUCUGGGAGGACUCAAGUAUUUCUUGGGAAUUGAAGUUGUCAGGUCUAAGCAAGGUAUAUUUCUCUCCCAACGGAAAUAUAUAUUAGACUUGCUAACCGAAGUAGGGAUGUUGGAAUGUAAACCUGCAGACACCCCCAUGGUUCAGAAUCACAAGCUUGGAGAAUACCCAGACCAAGUACCAACAGAUAAAGGAAGAUAUCAAAGGUUAGUUGGUAAACUCAUUUAUCUCUCCCAUACUCGUCCAGAUAUUGCAUACGCUGUAAGUGUUGUAAGUCAAUUUAUGCAUAAUCCAAGUAAGAGUCAUAUGGAAGCAGUGAUUCGAAUACUUCGAUACUUGAAGUCAUCCCCGGGAAAGGGACUUAUGUUCUCAAAACAUAACAGUCAGUCGAUGGUUUAUGGAUACACGGAUGCGGAUUGGGCAGGUAAUAUCACUGACAGAAAGUCCACCUCAGGAUAUUUUACAUUUGUUGGGGGAAAUCUUGUAACCUGGAGAAGCAAGAAACAAAAAGUGAUAGCUUUGUCAAGUGCUGAAGCUGAGUUUAGGGGAAUGGCUAAGGGUCUUUGUGAACUCCUUUGGCUAAGAAAGCUACUCACUGAAAUCGGGUUUGCCCCCACUUCCGAGAUGGAUCUCUUAUGUGACAAUAAAGCUGCAAUUGCCAUUUCUCACAAUCUUAUUCAACAUGAUUGUACUAAACAUGUGGAGGUAGAUCGACAUCUCAUCAAAGAGAAUCUUGAAGUAAAAAUAAUUAGGUUUCCGUUUGUGAAAUUCGAAGAUCAGUUGGCGGACAUCCUUACAAAAGUUGUAUCUAGCAAGGACUUCUACAACUCACUUGACAAGUUGGGCAUGCGAGACCUCUAUGCAUCAACUUGAGGGGGAGUGUUGGCGUGAGCUGUAAACAACCAAUAGAGUUGUUGGCGUGAGCUAAACAACCAAGAGAGAUUUUAGCAUUAUAAACAACCAAGAGAGUUGUUGGCGUGAGCUAAACAACCAAGAGAAAUUUUAGGCAUUUGAAAUUUGUAACAUCCCAUAGCAUGAGUGUAGGAGACGGAAUUGUAUA